AUGGAUGAUUUUCGCGAUUUUAAGCCAACACUACUUACAAUGGUACCACGUUUACUAAAUAAACUCUACGACAAGAUAAUGAUUGAAACCGAGAAGAAAGGUCUAAUAGCACAGAUUAUUAUGAAAUGGGCGAUAAAAUCUAAAGUUAAUCGAAUGGAACGCGAUGACUUUUCUCAAAAUACUCUAUGGGAUAGACUUGUAUUUAGUAAAAUUCGUUAUGCAUUUGGCAACCGAGUUCAAGUUGUUAUAUCAUCGAGUGCACCUCUUUCGGCUGAAAUAGCCAAUUUUAGUCGAUCAGUAUUUUCAUGCCAAUUCGCUGAAGGAUAUGGUCAAACGGAAUGUAUAGCUGGGUGUUGGCAAGUUCCGGGCGAUAUCCGUUCGGGUGAAACAGGUAUUCCAACACCAGUUAAUCAUAUCAAAUUGAUCGAUGUGCCAGAAAAAGAUUACUAUGCAAAGAAUCAUGUCGGUGAGAUAUGCAUUCGUAGUCAAGCCGUAUUCAGAGGCUAUUUGAAUGAUGAAAUGAAAACAAAGGAAACUAUCGAUAAUGAAGGUUGGCUACAUACAGGUGAUAUAGGUCAAUGGACAAAUAAUGGAACAAUGAAAAUAAUUGAUCGAAAAAAUUCUGUAAUUAAAGUGAGUCAUUUCCUUUGUCAAGUACGGUGCAUAAACACCUUUGUACCAAAUUGGUGCAACUAUCAAAUGAACACUAAGAUUUUAAAAAGUGAAAUUUUGACAACAGAUUUCAUUCAUUUUAGUUCCAUGCCCGAUAACAUUUUCAAUUCAUUGGUUUCCGAUGUCGAAUUUUGA